CGGGAGCGCGGCAGAAAUGUGUCACCCACGGUGGCCGCGGCAAGGCGUCCGGCUCGCCCCCAGCAUGUCGGCUGUGCGGGCGGCGGCGUGGCGGAGGUCUGGGCUCUGCCCCGCGGGGCUCAGGGCAUUUUGGAGAGGCCGCAGUACCCGCAGAGCACACGAUAGGGGGUGCAGGAAGGAGUAAAGAGAAGUGUAAGCAGACCAAGCAGUUCCUGAGAAAGAAGAAGGAAUGAUCUGUCCCCCACCAUGCAGCCGGAGUUAUCUCACCACUGAGGACCUGCAGAGCUGCCUCGAGUCCCAGGUCAUCGAGGUCUUUGUGCCCUCUCUUCCUGAGGACUAACAGACUCCUCUGCAGGAGAACAGGCUGAAGCAUUGCCUGCUGGCCUGGCUGGCAGUAGAGCUGGGACAUGCUGUCCCAAACUCCCAGCUGCACUGGAUGUGCCAUGCUGGGGAUGUGCUAGGUUUCUAUUGCACCCCCAUGAAAGACAGGACCGAGACUGAUGAACUCACAGCUGCAGAGCUGCUCCUGAACAUGAAAAUCAUCUGGCAGCAGUGAGUCACCCCAUGGAGCAUUCCCAUGCUUGACUUGUGCUGCAGGCAGCAGCAGAGCUCUCUAGUUGGGGUGAGAUCUGUGAAUUUCACUAAUAGAAGUUCAUUGAAAUCUUUUCACUAGGUAAUGGUGAAGUCUCCAACAGCCCUAUAUAAUCAGCUGCUACUGAGACAUCUUAUUGAAUUCCCUAAUGUCUUUUAAGGGCCAUGUUUUUAAGUUCUUAAAGUGUUUUAAGUUCUUAAGGGUGUUAGUUUUUCUUCCCAUCUAAGAUGCAGGUCUGCUUUUAAUCAGAGGAGAGAAGCAGUGAAGUCAGGAGGACAAGAAAAUAGCCUGAGAAAUGCAUGAUGUUCUAUGAGUGUUUUCUAUGAAACAAGAUUUUCCAGUAAGAUUGUUUCCAGUAAGGUUGAGAGUCUGUGAUCUUUCUGGGAAUAAUCUAGAAAUGUCCUGGUUGUACCACUCCAUGCCCUGAACUCUUGCUUCCCUGGUUUCUUUCAGCGUGCAGAUGCAUGAAGCACACUUAGGCACUGCUGCUUUUGUGUGUUACAGCACUCAGUUUCUUAACUGCGCAAACUUCUGAAGUGCAGCUUUCUACUUGAAAGCUCUGAAGCAAUUUUAAGAAAUGCUUUCUUUUCUCCUUUUGACUCUUGGAGAAUUACAGAAUAGUAUAAGUAUACACCUACAUGUUCCACUGUAGGGUGAAUGGGGAGAUGUUUCACUGAUCACCAUGGAAGGCUGAAUGUUCACAAAUCUCUCCCCUGUGGCUUAUGGGAAACCACAGUGAGUGUGACAAAUGGCUAACUCUGUCAUCUUGCUGGCUUCAAAGGCCAUUUGGCAGCAGUGAAUUUAAAGUUACUUUGUCAUGAAAUUUUGUCCUUCCAUCAAAACCAGAAAUAUCUGCAUCUCUUGUUUCCUCUUUAACACACACUAUGUAGGACAACAUAAUCAGUUAUAGUUGUACUUUGUGCUCAUUCCCCUUUCUGUCACCCUGAAAACUCAGCUUCUGAGCUUGCUGACGUAGUUCUCUAAAGACUUUCCCAGGACAGUAACUGUAAACAUAGAUAUGUGUACAUACUUUCUGAUACACGUCUUUUGAUGGACAUCUCUCAUGGCCGGUGCGGUUGGGAAAGUGUUAUCCUGACCAUGGAAUCCCUGGCCAUGGUCAGAAACCUAUAAAUUCUGGGAGAAGAAAUAAAGUGCUCUCUUCCUUU